GGUUUCAUAGCUAAUGUGACCUUGACAGACGGGGAAGUUAUGAACACCUCAAGAGUCGGCCAUUUUUUUUAUAUCUGAUGAUUUCACCUGUGGACCUGCGUGUAUCAUGAUCCGACGUACAUGACAAGAUUAAUAAUGUGUCACACACGGAAAAUGGAUCCUGCACAUUCUUCAUUGUCGUGAUUGAUAAAGAGAAGGUAACUCCAUGGUCACUCCUUCUCCAGCAAGGCAAAUAUCACAAGUCUCUGAUGACUCUGGUGUUUGGUCCCUUGGUAUGACACAAGAAUGCCAUCCUUGUCCAGAUGAGUUAGCUGUCAGGAAUUCGUUUGUUUUCCUGAAAGAUAACAUUAUUUAUGAAGACCUCCAAGACGAAUUAAGACAAGAGGGUAUAGUGAAUGAGAAAGAGGAAGAUACCUAUGUGUGUGAGAGACCCUGCAGACAGUCAAAGUGUGAGAGACUCAUUAAACAUAUCAUCAGGAAGAAAAGGUGUAAAAUCUUCAUAGAGCUCAUGAGCAGAAAAUCUUGUUUUGUUGCCAAGAAGAUUAUUGAAGCUCGUAAACAGGUGGAAGCAGAGGCUAGGAAAUGUGUCACACAGAGAAAUCCACCCUUUUUAGUCACAGAUGAUCUCCUACAGAAACAUAUAUCAUGCCUGCAUACACAACUGGAACCCCGUGAAAUCGCUGAUGAGAUGUUUCAGUCCGGUGACAUCACUGAUAAAGACCACGACACUGUGACUGAUCCUAACCGCAAAUAUAAACGUGUAACAGAGCUUCUCCAAAUCUUAAAGAACAAGAAACUGUAUUCUCACUUUGUGUUUAUCCUGCAGUCUUUAAAGUAUCUCCAGGUGCUAGAUACACUAGAAAAGGAUAGAAAAAUGACAAAGAAGCCUUCUGACUAUGCUGUGUGCAUACAACAAAACUUCUGUCUUCUCAAAGAGGAACUUCCAGACAGUAAAGAUGCCAAAAUAAUGGUGGAUCAGAUGUUUGGAUUCCUGGACCAAACAAACAUUUCUGAAAUUAAUAGUUUUACCAGUGCAAGAAAACAGAAAUCCAAACUGCUAAAAGUACUUCUGAUGAAAGGGAAACCUGCAUGCAAGGAAAUCUUCAGAGUUGUGGAGGUAGAAUUAAAUAGAAUGGACCUGGUCACCAAAAUGAGGGAGAAGAGUGCUGAAUUGAAAAAAAGAGGUGUGCCAGAAUUGGACCCUACGUUGAGGAGCCUUAAGAUUACAUGCCUGGAGGAUCCUAAUGAUUUUCUAUUGGACGAACUGGAGCCUCUUGAACUCUGUGACCUUUUGUUUGAGGAAAGUGCAAUAGACAUUUAUAAUCAUGACAGAAUAACAGAGACAUCAAAACAUUCUAAACAAAGCCAACAUUUGCUGGAGACAGUCAAGAAAAAUGAAAAUAACUGCUUUCAUUAUUUUUUACACAUUCUCAAAAGUAAUGAAUAUUGUGCAGUUCUUACGGAGCUCCAAAAAUCAGAAUCAGGGGCUGUAGGAGCUGAAUCAAAUAUAGAAUGGAAAGCAUCACACAGUUUUUCCACAGUAGCUUCAGAAUGUGUAGAGAAUAGAUCUUUAAAUCUAAGGCUAGCAGUAGAAGGCGCCACAGGAGGGCAGGUAGAACAAGCUCUCCUUCAGCAGGUCCUCUCUACAGACACGGCCAUUCUCGAGGAGGCCAUUACACAUGGUCAGAUGGACAUUGAAGACGUGUCCUCUGGUUCUGUGGUCAUUCAGUUACGGCCCGUCACAGACCAAGCUGUACAGACAUUACUCAAUGCCAGAGAAAACAACCGGCUGGUGGAGCUGGUACUAGGAAUGAUAAAGAGGGUCAAUGUACCCAGUGUUCAGGGUAUGGAGCCGCUCGAGGUCAGGGUACAAGUUUCUUAUUCUCAGUCAGCAGCAGCCAAGCCAGAUAUUUCUAAGAUAGAACUUAUCAAGAAGAAAAUAAAGGUGCACAGGAAUGAGUUGAUCUCAGAGAUAGAACCCAGAGCUCUAACUUCUGUGCUUUCAAAUUCAAUCUGCUUUGAACAAAAUGUGUUGGACUCUGUAAAAAAUGCUCCAACUUCUCAUGAACGGACAGAAAAACUUUUAACAUUGAUUGAGAAUGGGGAUUCAAGGGCUGUGGAGGCUUUUAUAAAUGCAUUAAAGAAUAAAGGGUAUUCUGAGGUUGUGGCUUUAAUUGAUCCUGCAGAUAUUCAUAAUAGAGCAGAAAAUAUCAGGAGGAUGAUAACUUCUAAUUAUAAAAAUAUCCUGGAUGAAAUGCAGAUUACAUUAGCAAGAGAAACAUUAUCCAAGUGCAUUGGAGAUGUUGAUAGUAUUCAAGAGAAAAUCUUACCAAAGAAUGGAAAACGCAGGCAGCGAAUGGCAAAUUUCUUACAGUUCAUUCUUCAGGAGGAUCACAAUGUAAUUCAAUUUGAGAAAAUGCUGAAAAAUAAUGGAUUAGAGGACUUACUGAGAAUAAAUGACAACAUACAUGGAGAGCAUAUAGCCACAGAAGACAUAGAGAUGUUCAUUGGGGAGGACCAGGUACCGUCAUCAGAGGGGGUUCUGUUUGAAUCCCUGCUCACCCUGACUCCUACCGUAACAAAUGACAGAGAAACUGAGACGAAAGGCUUAGACCCUGCAAUGCUGGAGAUGGAAGAUCAAAAAAUAAAAAGGUUGCAGGAAGAAAUACCAAGUCCGAGAUCACCAGAAGACUUUGAGAGACUACAUCUGGAGGAGGUGACAGGCGGACCACCACAAGAGGACAUUCCCAGAACCCCUGAGAGACCGCUCAAGGGAAAUGAAAGCAUCAGCUCUACUUCAUCUUCAUCCUCUCUUCACUCCAUCAUAUCACCUGAAGUGGAGGAAGAAAAAAAUAAACAGAGUAAAUUUACAAAAAAAUUACCAAAGUUUAUGAAGAAAGAAAAAGAACCCUCUCCAUCAAAGCCAGUGUCCUCAUUUUACCUUGAAUCCCCACCUGGGCCCUAUAGUAAAAAACAACUUCCUGUGGAGAAGGCUCAAGAAUUUCCACCUCCAUUUAAAUCAGCCUCUUACAAAGAGCUACCCCAUUCCUAUUUGCUUGUUGCUGCGAUUGACUUUGGAACAACUUAUUCUGGCUAUGCAUUUUCAUGGAAAGAAAAGCCACAGAAGAUUUACACCCAGACAUACAAAAGUCCAGAGAAGCUUUCUGAGAAAGAGCCAACUGUUCUGCUGUUAGACAAGUCUGAGCAAAUUGUGGCAUUUGGACAAGAAGCCAUGUUGAAGUACAAGGAACUUUGUGAGGAAGGCCAUCAUCAUGAUUAUUUCUACUUCAGCCAUUUUAAAAUGAAUCUUCACAGAGAUGAGAGCCUAAAUAGGGGAACAGUAAUUCAAGAUGAUAAAGGAAAAGAGUGCUUUGCAGUGAAGAUUUUUGCUAUGUCCAUUCAGCAUUUCAAGGACAAAUUAUUGCGUGACCUUGACCUUUCAAGGGCACCUUGUUCUGCUGAUGACAUUCGCUGGGUACUAACAGUUCCAGCUAUCUGGGGGGAGCAGGCAAAGCAGAUGAUGCAAGAAAGCGCCUACAAGGCUGGAAUUCAACCCUAUAAUGUGAUGCUGGCAUUGGAGCCGGAGGUAGCUUCUGUGUAUGUUAAAGAAAUCCAGAUAGAGAGGCAAGCAGACGAGUUAUCCAAGUACAGACCUGGCAAAAAGUUUCUUGUUAUGGAUCUCGGAGGUGGGACAGCUGAUUUAACAGCAAUGGAGGUCGCAUUGGACGGUUCCUUAAAGCAGCUCUUCCGCGCUUGUGGCGGGGACUGGGGAGGAAAUAAGGUCAAUGACAACUUUGUAAAACUCCUCGGAGAAUUAUUUGGGCAUUCUGUCAUUGACAUAUGCAAACAGGAACACAGAUCUGACUUCCUGGAAGUUCAGCAUGAUAUUGAAGUGAAGAAAAGGAAAUUCAGCAGGAGAGAUAGCUACAAACCCUUAAGGUUCGAAAUUCCAUACUCCUUUGUAGAAAUAAUUGAAAAGCAUCAUGAAAUGAAUUUAAAAGAAAUAGUGGUCAGGUCCAGCUUUAAUGGCAAGAUUUCUGUGCAUCAUGGAAACAAACUCGAGUUGACUGCAGAGUGUGUUGAGACUAUCUUAUUCAAUCCUGUGCUAAAUAGAAUCAAACAAGAAGCUGAAAUCAUCAUGAAGGAACUGGGAGGACAAAUUGAGGACAUCAUGAUGGUGGGAGGGUUCUCAGAGUCAAAAUUUGUCUACGAAACGAUCAAAGAAACUUUCCCAAGGCUAAACAUUUUGAGGGCCAGUGAGGCUGGGUUGGCCGUACUAAAGGGGGCAGUACUUUAUGGCCACACCCCAAGUGUAAUAUCAUCUAGGAGGUGUGCCUUCACCUAUGGGGUGGGGCUUUACAGGUUUUUCUUAAAAGGUCACGACCCUGAACAUCUUAAAUGUUACAUUGGAGGUGAGAACAACGUAUGUGUGUUUGUGAAGUUAGUUACCAUUGGGGAAGAGGUUGGCAUUGGAGACACAUAUGAAUUAGAUGAGGACAUUGAACCAGUGGAAAGAAGUGCCACUCAAAUGUCAUUCAAAAUUUAUAGAUCUACUGAAGAGAAUCCACGAUAUGUAGACAAGUCCUGCUGUGUAGUUGGGAAAUUAACUGUGAAGGGAGUGAGGAGGAGUGUGAAGAUUUCUCUGUCAUUUGGACUAACUCAGAUCACUGUUACCGCGGUAAACACAGUCACGGGGGAAAAUGUUAUAGCUGAGCUGGACCUACUCGGCGAGUUGUAAAGAAUUUAAGGAAUCAUGUAUUAAUUUAGAUGAAUGUAAUUUUAGCAAUUAUAUUAAAGAAUUUUUGUACAAAAUUGGUUAAUUUAAGUCAUUUGAAUAGUACCAUUUAUAUGUAGUUGCAAAAGUCAUCCUUCAAAAAAUAAUUCACAUAAAAAUGACAAUCAAUUUUACAUUUUAUAGAAUGUUUGCAUUUUAUAUUUAAAAAUGAAAGUUGUAUAAAAUUCAUUCCAUUUUGAAUUAUAAUAUUAGAUAUACUUGAAUGUGCAGCUUUUGAAACCCUGUGUGUAAUUUAAAAUGAUUUUAAACUGUUUUCAUUUUUUUAAAAUCCAACUUCAUACAUUACUUGUAUAUACACAGUGCACUAAAACAGAAUUGGGCAGCUGUAUACUAAAGCUCACUCAUGCCUCAGUCCCUAGAUUCGUUGUACUUUCAUUU